GGCGGGGUCUGCGGGAGAGGCGCGGCCGGCGGGAGAGGCGCGGCUUUCCGCUCGCCGGCCAGGGAGGGCCCGCGGCUGCGCAGCCGCUGUCUCUCACUCUCGCUCCGGGCCGCGCCUCCAGUUCCGCGUCGGUCACGCCCCCACGCGCAGGCCGAGCUGCGCACGCGUGGUGCGAGCGGCUACCUUCCUUCUGUGGGGCUCGCGGUCGGGCUAGGGGGACCCGGCAGCACCGGCGCCGUAGCUGGAGCGGGUCGGGAGCCGGUAAGCCGAGCCUUCUCGAGGGAGGAGCAGCGCGGGUAGUGCCGCGCUGUCCUCCGCGGCAGAGAAGAAAUGGUAUUCGAGUCGGUGGUCGUGGACGUGUUGAACCGGUUCCUGGGAGACUACGUGGUGAACCUGGACGAGUCCCAGCUCUCUCUGGGCAUUUGGAAAGGAGCUGUGGCCCUCAAGAACCUUGUAAUUAAAGAAAAUGCAUUGCGUGAAUUGGAUGUACCAUUCAAAGUUAAAGUUGGUCAUAUAGGUAGCCUUAAACUUAAAAUUCCAUGGAAAAACCUUUAUACUCAACCAGUUGAAGCUGUUUUGGAAGACAUUUUUUUACUCAUAGUGCCUUCUUCUAGAAUAGAGUAUGAUCCUAUCAAAGAAGAAAAGCAACUCAUGGAAACAAAACAACAGGAACUGAAAAGAAUUGAAGAAGCAAAACAGAAAGUAGUUGAUCAAGAAAAACCUCAGGAGGAGAAACAGGACACUUUUACAGAAAAGUUAAUUACUCAAAUCAUAAAGAACCUUCAAGUGCAAAUUUCCAAUAUCCAUGUUCGUUAUGAAGAUGAUAUCACAAAUCGAGACAAACCACUUUCUUUUGGUAUUUCCCUUCAAAAUAUCAGCCUUCAGACAACUGAUCAAUACUGGAUUCCAUGUUUGCAUGAUGAUACUGAAAAACUAGUUCGGAAGCUAAUCCGGUUAGAUAAUCUCUUUGCUUACUGGAAUGUGAACUCUCAGAUGUUUUAUCUGAAUGAUUAUGAUGAAUCAUUGGAAGCCUUGAAAAAUGGUAUUGUCAAUGAAAAUAUUGUUCCAGAAGGUUAUGAUUUUGUUUUUCGACCUAUAUCUGCUAAUGCCAAACUUCAGAUGAAUCGACGAUCAGAUUUUGACUUUUCUGACCCCAAAAUAAACCUGGCUAUUGAGUUACAUACCAUAGCAAUUGAGUUUAACAAACCACAGUAUUUCAGUCUCAUGGAACUUCUCGAGUCAAUUGACAUGAUGACACAGAACCUGCCAUACAGAAAGUUCAAGCCCAGCGUGCCUCUGCACCUCCAUGCCAAAGAGUGGUGGGCUUAUGCUAUACAUAGUAUUCUUGAAGUAAAUGUUUGUCCCAGUUUACGGAUGUGGUCAUGGGAGCAUAUUAGAGACCAUAGACACAAAAUGAAACAAUACAGAGAAUUUUAUAAGAAAAAGUUAACAAAUAAGAAGCCAUCUUCUGAAAUUUUCAUGUCUUUGGAGGAGCUGGAGAAAACCUUGGAUGUUUUUAAUAUAACCAUAGCUAGACAACAGGCAGAAGUUGAGGUAAAGAAAGCUGGAUAUAAGAUUUACAAAGAAGGAGUAAAAGAUCCAGAAGAUAAUGCAGGAUGGUUUAGCUGGAUGUGGACUUGGUCAGAAUCAAAUGCUAAUCAACAAGAUGUUAAACCUGGAAUUCUUGAAGAAAUGUUGACACCUGAAGAAAAAUCGUUACUCUAUGAAGCAAUUGGUUAUAGUGAAACAGCAGUUGAUCCAACCUUGCCAAAAACAUUUGAAGCCUUGAAGUUUUUUGUUCACUUGAAAAGUAUGUCUAUUGUUCUAAGAGAAAAUCGCCAAAAGCCGGAGCUGUUAAAUGUUGUAGUGGAAGGACUUAGUACUUCGAUUGUGCAAAGACCAGGAGCACAAGCCAUAAAAUUUGAAACCAAAAUUGAUUCAUUUCAUAUUACUGGCUUACCAGAUGAUUUCAAAAAACCCCACCUACUGUCUUCAUUGGAUGAUAUGUCACUCUUCCAGAUUACAUUUGAGAUAAAUCCUUUAGAUGAAACUGUUGCUCAGAGGUGCACCAUAGAGGCUGAGCCUCUAGAGAUAAUAUAUGAUGCAAGGACAGUCAAUAGUAUAGUCGAGUUCUUCAGACCUCCAAAAGAUGUCCACCUAGCCCAGCUCACGUCGGCAACUUUGACAAAAUUGGAAGAAUUUCGGGAGAAAACAGCAACAGGUUUGCUGUAUAUUAUUGAAACACAGAAAGUUCUUGAUCUCAGAAUUAAUGUAAAGGCUUCAUAUGUUAUUGUCCCACAAUAUGGAAAUUUUAGCCCUACAUCAAAUCUCCUUCUCUUGGAUCUUGGUCAUUUAAAGGUGACAAGUAAACGUCAAUCAGGAUUACCAGAUGUGAAACCCAGUGAGGCCAGCCUUGAAGAUAUAAUGCAUAGAGCUUAUGACUCUUUUGAUAUUCAGCUUACAAGUAUACAGUUGCUCUACAGUAGAGUGGGUGAUAAUUGGAAAGAGGCACGAAAGCUCAAUGUAUCUACACAGCAUAUUUUGAUACCUAUGCAAGUCAGUGUGGAGCUCUCUAAAGCCAUGGUGUUCAUGGAUAUCAAGAUGCCCAAAUUCAAGAUUUCUGGAAAGUUACCUCUUGUUUCAUUACGAAUCUCGGAUAAAAAACUGCAAGGCAUUAUGGAGUUGUUGGAAAGCAUUCCAAAGCCUGAACCCGUUACUGAUGUAUCUGUCCCUGCCAGAUCAUUCCAGAUUCAAGCAUCUACUUUGCCAGUAUCAUACAUUCCUCAGAAGUUAAUCCCUUUAUUGGAACAGCCUGAUACUGAAGAUGACUCAGAGGAGGAAUUUUUUGAUGCACCAUGUAGUCCCUUGGAAGAAUGUCCUCAAGUGCCAUGUAGAGAUAAAUGUAUUCGACAGAAAAAAUUACAAAAGAAAGAUUGUUCAAUGAAUUUUAUCCAACUUAGCAUGAGAUUUGAAGUAGCAGAGGUGUUGAUUCAGUUUUACCACCUUGUGGGAGACUGCGAACUACCUGUGCUAGAAAUGGGUGUUUUAGGAUUGGGAACAGAAGCUGAGAUUAGAACAUUUGACUUGAAAGGAAAUGCCUUUUUGAAAGAAUUAUGGUUAAAAUGUCCAGAAUAUUUAGAUGAAAACAAGAAACCAGUUUAUUUGAUCACGACCCUGGAUAACACUAUGGAAGAUUUAUUAAUAUUGGAAUUCAUAAAGGUUGAAAGAAGUGCACCAAAUUUGAAUAGUACUUAUAACAAUGUUUUACAAUUUAUUAAGGUGAAUUUUUCCUCUUUGGAUAUUCAUUUACACACUGAAGCACUUCUGAAUACAAUGAAUUAUCUUAAUAAUAUUAUUCCAGAAUUAGGGGGAAAAUCUGCUUCAGUGUCUGCUGCAGAGCCUGAAGAGAAAGGAGAUGUCGUUAAAAAACUUGCUUUAAAGCUACCCACGAAUGAAGAUAUUAUUACCUUGCAGCUUUUGGCAGAAUUAUCUUGUUUACGGAUUUUUAUUCAGGAUCAGAAACAAAACAUUUCUGAAAUUAAGAUUGAAGGGCUUGAUUCUGAGAUGAUUGUGAAGCCUUUAGCCACUGAAAUAAAUGCAAAGCUCAGGAAUAUAAUUGUGUUAGAUUCUGAUAAAAUGGCUAUCUACAAAAAGGCUCUUUAUAUCACUGGAAAAGAAGUUUUCAGCUUCAAGAUGAUUUCUUAUAUGAAUGCAACUGCUGGCUGUGCAUACACAGAUAUGAGUGUGGUUGACGUUCGAGUUUAUUUAACUGUUGGUUGCAUUGAAGUAGUGUUCAUCACAAAAUUCCUAUAUUCUAUAUUGGCAUUUAUAAAUAAUUUUCAAGCAGUUAAAGAUGCCUUGGCUGAAGCAACUGUCCAAGCUGCAGAGAUGGCUGCUGAUGGUGUAAAGCAACUGGCUCAAAGGAGUUCUAGGUUUGCGUUGGAUGUUAACAUCAAGGCUCCAGUCGUGCUCAUUCCACAGUCUCCAGUGUCUCAGAAUGUUUUUGUUGCUGAUUUUGGAUUAAUUACAAUGAAAAAUAUAUUUGUUACCGUAACAGAGACCCAGAGUACUAUCCCACCUGUAAUUGAUUUGAUAACAAUAAAGUUGAGUAAAAUGAGACUGUACAGGUCUCAGUUUAUGAACGAUGCAUACCAGGAAGUGCUGGACCUGCUACUACCUUUAAACUUGGAAGUGAUUGUUGAACGGAACUUAUCCUGGGACUGGUACAAGGAAGUUCCUUGUUUUAAUAUAAAAGCUCAGCUAAAACCCAUGGAGUUCAUUCUUAGUCAAGAAGAUUUAACAACCGUCUUUCAAACAUUGAAUGGCAAUCUAUGCAACAAUCAAAAUUUAAAUGCUCCAUCUUCUGCAAAUAAAGACCCAGAAACCAUGACCAGUGGAACCACCAGUACUUCCUACCAUCCGUCGUCAGCUACUCUGGUGACGGCUGCUGUGGUAGAGGUCCAUCCACAGGCUUCUCAAGUUCACACGACGCUGAAUGUGAGCUUCCAGACUGAUUAUCUCACCAUGGCACUCUACAGUCCUGGGCCUGACCAGGCCUCCUUUACAGAUGUUCGUGAUCCUUCUCUAGAACUUGCUGAAUUUAAAUUGGAGAAUAUUAUAAGUAGUUUAAAAAUGUAUACAGAUGAUUCUACAGUCUUUUCUUUCUCAGUAAAAAACUGUAUUUUAGAUGAUAAAAGGUCACAUGUCAUGAAAGCCACUCCUAGAAUGAUAGGACUGACUGUUGGCUUUGACAAGAAGGACAUGGUGGAUAUAAAGUAUAGAAAAAUCAGAGAUGUUGUUGUGACUGAUGUAAUUGUCCAAGAAAUGUAUGUUUGUGCAAGUGUGGAGUUUUUGAUGACUGUUGCCCAUGUUUUUUUUGAUGCCUACAUGACUAGUAUGGCUUUAGAAACCAGUGUUCAAACAUGGACUACUACAGAAGCACCUGCAGAGGAAUUAGGGAAGUGGGAAAUGAAUAUUCUUAUUAAAAACCCAGAGAUUGUGUUUGUGGCUGACAUGACAAGAAAUGAUGCUCCUGCCUUAGUCAUUACAACACAGUGUGAAAUUUGCUUCAAAGGAGAACCUGCAAGCAAUACAGUGACUGCUGCCAUUAAAGAUCUCCAAGUCAGAGCAUGCCCAUUUCUUCCAGUCAAGAGAAAGGGCAAAGUCACCACUGUUUUGCAGCCUUGUGACUUGUUUUAUCAGGCUACUCAGUUUGGUAGAGAUCCCCAAAUGAUUGAUAUAUCAGUAAAAUCUCUCACGCUAAAGGUUUCACCAGUUAUCAUAAAUACCAUAAUAACUAUUACUUCAGCACUUUACACAACUAAGGAAACUGUUCCAGAAGAAAACACUUCUAAUAUAGCACAUUUAUGGGAGAAGAAGGAUACAAAGAAUCUAAAAAUGUGGUUUCUUGAAGAAUCAAAUGAAACUGAAAAAGUAGUUGCCACAAAUGAAGUGAUGCCAGGAGGAGAGACACUGAACUUGCAUAUUGAUUCUAUUUUUAUUGUUCUUGAGGCUGGAAUUGGUCAUAGAACAGUGCCAAUGCUAUUAGCAAAGUCAUGCUUUUCGGGGGAAAGCAAAAACUGGCAGACUUUAAUAAAUCUUCACUGUCAGCUUGAACUGGAAGUUCACUAUUAUAAUGAAAUGUUCGGUGUUUGGGAACCUUUACUGGAACCCUUAGAAAUUGAUCAGACUGAUGAUUUUAGACCUUGGAAUCUUGGCAUUAAGAUGAAAAAGAAAGCAAAAGAGGCCAUUGUUGAGUCUGAUAGUGAAGCAGAAAACUACAAAGUACCAGAAUAUAAGACUGCCAUAAGUUUUUAUUCUAAAGAUCAGUUAAACAUUACAUUAUCCAAAUGUGGCAUUGUGAUGUUAAAUAAUUUAGUUGAGGCAUUUACUGAAGCUGCUACUGGAUCAUCAGCUGUCUUCCUAAAAGAUCUAGCACCAUUUAUAAUUUUAAAUUCUCUUGGACUUACUGUCUCUGUUUCACCAAGCGAUUCUUUUAAUGUACUCAACGUUCCUUUAGCAAAAUCAUAUGAACUGAAAAAUGAUGAGAGUUUAAGUAUGGAUUAUGUACGAACUAAGGACAAUGAUCAUUUCAGUGCAAUGACCAGCCUAAGCAGCAAGCUCUUCUUCAUUCUCCUUACACCUGCUAACCACUCUGUCGCUGAGAAGAUCCCCUUAACCAAAGUGGGACGCCGUCUGUACACCGUAAGACACAGAGAAUCUGGGGUGGAAAGAUCUAUCAUUUGUCAAAUUGACACAGUUGAAGGAAGUAAGAAAGUAACAAUCCGCUCACCAGUGCAGAUUAAGAAUCAUUUUUCAAUCCCAAUUUCCGUUUUUGAAGGAGAUACUUUGUUGGGAAUUGCUUCAUCUGACAAUGAAUUUAACAUACCAUUAGCAUCUUACCGAUCAUCCCUCUCCUUGAAGCCAGAAGAUGAAGACUACCAGCUAUGUGAAGGAAUUGACUUUGAAGAAAUCAUAAAAUAUGAUGGGCAGCUUCUGAAGAAGGAAUGCAGAUCUAUAAACCCUUCUAAGAAAUCAUUUGUUAUUAAUAUUGUUCCAGAAAAGGAUAGUCUGACUUCCCUAUCAGCGUAUUCAGAAGAUGGCUGGGACUUACCGUAUGUAAUGCACUUGUGGCCACCUGUCCUCAUCCGGAAUCUUCUUCCCUACAAAAUUGCUUAUUACAUUGAGGGCAUUGAGAACACUGUUUUUACUCUAAGCGAAGGGCAUUCAUCACAGAUCUAUAAUGUGGAAAUGGACCACGCCAAGCUACACUUAAAAUUACUUGACUAUCUUAAUCAUGAUUGGAAAAGUGAAUUUCAUAUAAAGCCUAAUCAACAAGACAUCAAUUUCAUCAACUUUACCUGUCUCACAGAAAUGGAAAAGAGUGAUUUGGAUAUUGCUAUCCACAUGACUUACAAUACUGGUCAGACAGUUGUGGCAUUUCACAGUCCGUAUUGGAUGGUCAAUAAAACUAAUCGGAUGUUACAGUACAAAGCAGAUGGAAUUCACCGAAAGCAUCCACCUAAUUAUAAAAAACCAGUUCUCUUUUCCUUUCAGCCAAACCACUUUUUUAACAACAAUAAGGUUCAGCUUAUGGUAACUGAUAGUGAGCUUUCUGAUCAGUUUUCAAUUGAUACUGUUGGUAGUCAUGGAGCCAUUAAAUGCAAAGGCCUGAAAAUGGAAUACCAAGUUGGUGUCACUAUAAAUCUCAGCAGUUUUAACAUUACAAGAAUUGUGACAUUUAUUCCUUUUUAUAUGAUUAAAAACAAAAGCAAAUACCAAAUAUCAGUGGCAGAAGAAGGAAGUGAUAAAUGGCUUUCUCUUGACUUAGAGCAGUGUAUCCCCUUUUGGCCUGAGAAUGCCUCCAAUAUUCUUCUUAUUCAAGUUGAGAGGAGUGAAGGUCCUCCGAAAAGGAUAUACUUUAACAAGCAAGAUAGUUGUAUUUUAUUGCGACUGAAUAAUGAGCUUGGAGGUAUUAUUGCAGAAGUUAAUUUGGCUGAGCACUCUACAGUUAUUACAUUUUCAGAUUACCAUGAUGGAGCAGCUACAUUCCUAUUAAUAAAUCAUACCAAGAGUGACCCUGUUCAGUACAACCAAAGUUCUCUUAGUGAAAUAGAAGAUUCCCUUCCUCCUGGAAAAGCAGUAUAUUAUACAUGGGCUGACCCAGUAGGCUCUAGAAAGCUGAAGUGGAGUUGUGGGCAAAGCUAUGGUGAAGUAACACAUAAGGAUGAUAUGAUGACACCCAUAAGUGUGGGGAAAAAAACCAUUUAUUUAGUGUCAUUCAUUGAAGGCCUGCAGCGUAUUAUUUUAUUCACUGAAGAUCCAAGAGUGUUUAAAGUCACCUAUGAAAGUGAAAAGGCAGAGUUAGCAGAGCUGGAAGUUGUGCUGGCAUUACAGGAUGUCGGGAUUUCACUUGUCAAUAACUAUACAAAGCAAGAAGUAGCCUACAUAGGCAUUACAAGUUCUGAUGUGGUUUGGGAGGCAAAACCAAAGAAAAAGGCCAGGUGGAAGCCAAUGAGUGUGAAACACACUGAGAAGCUGGAGAAGGAAUUCAAGGAGUACACAGAGGCUUCACCCUUGGAAGACAAAGUUGUUGAGUUGGACAAUAACAUUCCAGUUCUCUUAACACCUAGUGGCAAUGACAUGAAAAUUCUGCAACCACAUGUAAUAGCUGUCCGGAGAAAUUACCUCCCAGCACUAAAUGUAGAAUAUAACACAUCUGCACAUCAGUCAUCAUUCAGAAUUCAGAUUUAUAGAAUACAGAUCCAAAAUCAGAUUCAUGGUGCUAUUUUUCCUUUCGUGUUUUAUCCUAUUAAACCUCCACGCUCUGUCACCAUGGACUCAGCACCAAAGCCGUUUACAGAUGUCAGUAUUGUCAUGAGAUCUGCAGGACAUUCCCAAAUAUCACGGAUUAAAUAUUUCAAAGUGUUGAUUCAAGAAAUGGAUCUCAGGUUGGAUCUUGGGUUUGUGUAUGCCCUAGCUGACCUUGUCACAAAAGCUGAGGUGACUGAGAAAACAGAGGUGGAAUAUUUUCAUAAGGAUGUAGAAGCAUUUGAACAAGAAUAUGAAGUGGCCUCAUCAGUAGAUCAAUCACAAGUCAAUCUCUUUGAAUAUUUUCAUAUAUCUCCAAUCAAGGUGCACUUAAGCGUCUCACUGAGCUCUGGGAGAGAAGAGGCUAAAGACUCAGAGCAGCAUGGCGGACUGAUUCCUGUUCAUUCUUUAAACCUCCUGCUGAAGAGUAUCGGUGCCACCCUCACAGAUGUACAAGAUGUAGUUUUUAAGCUUGCCUUUUUUGAACUCAACUACCAGUUCCAUACAACAUCUGAAUUGCAGUCUGAAGUAAUAAGACACUAUUCCAAACAGGCUAUUAAACAAAUGUAUGUACUCAUUCUUGGACUUGAUGUUUUGGGAAAUCCCUUUGGCUUAAUUAGAGAAUUUUCAGAAGGAGUAGAAGCUUUUUUUUAUGAACCUUACCAGGGGGCUAUCCAGGGUCCUGAGGAGUUUGUGGAGGGAAUGGCACUUGGAUUGAAAGCACUGGUUGGCGGAGCUGUUGGUGGACUAGCUGGUGCCGCGUCCAAAAUCACCAGUGCUAUGGCUAAAGGGGUAGCUGCCAUGACAAUGGAUGAAGACUACCAGCAGAAGAGAAGAGAAGCAAUGAAUAAGCAGCCCGCUGGCCUUCGGGAGGGUAUCACUCGAGGAGGAAAAGGCCUUGUCUCUGGUUUUGUAAGUGGCAUUACAGGAAUUGUUACAAAGCCAAUUAAAGGUGCUCAAAAGGAAGGAGCAGCAGGUUUCUUCAAAGGUGUUGGAAAAGGUUUAGUUGGAGCAGUGGCAAGGCCAACCGGUGGCAUCAUAGACAUGGCCAGCAGUACCUUUCAGGGAAUCAAAAGAGCUACAGAGACUUUUGAAGUAGAAAGCUUACGGCCUCCCAGGUUCUUUAAUGAAGAUGGAGUCAUCAGACCUUACAGGUUGCGCGAUGGUACAGGAAAUCAGAUGUUACAGGCAUCAAAAAGUUUGAUGUGAAAACUGUUAAUGCAUGACUUUGCAAGUGAAAGCCAACAGUAGAUUUUAGUCUUAAACUUUUACAAACUCUGUGCAGCUGUUUCAGUAUUUUGAAUAUAAAGAAAAGACUUUGUGUUACGAACAUCAGUCAGUCUAAUCUUUCCAUAGACUAUUCUUGGUUCUGCUUUGGGUAUUCUAGAUCUGGCCAAAGCCAGUGUGCCUUAUAAGGCCUUUAAACUUGAUAGCACAUACUUAUCUACUUAGGUUGUUUCUGUUUGAGGUUCUUCUUCCGCCUUUCAUACCACUACUAGUUUUUAUAUUAAGUAUAAUCUUCAUUUCUAAUUUAUUCAUGAAGGAAGGGGAAGUAAAACUCAAGAACACUGCCAGUGUUGAUCAUUUGUGAGUGUUAGGCAUUCUCUGAGGAUGCUCAGACUAGUAUGUGUAGAGCCUUGUGAGAUUUCAUGUAGUAUCUUCUCGUAAGGAAAUACAAUUUGGGGGACAAUAGAUAGCCUGAGGCUAGAAUGGUUUGUCAGUUCAGACAACUUUGUUGCUUGAUAACUCAAGUUUUAAAACUUAGAUUAUUGUAAAAAUAAUACCUCAUAUCCCAGGUUAUCCCAUUGUAAGGUUGUUUCUAUGGGAUUGGUAUAGAAUAUUAAAUUAAGCCAUAUAUUUGAAAACUAAGGAGUCAAUAUUUUUUAGGUUUGAAGAAUAUUCAUGAUAAUAAUAAACUAUUGAAACAUGAAGCUUCUCAAGUUUAAAAUUACCAGAAUAAAAUUUAAAACUUUUACUAUUUUACUACUGCAUGUAAAAUAUAUUACUUCAUUGAAUGUAUUUUAUAUCUUCUCUGGAUCUUCUGUUCAAUAUAUUAAAAUAUAACUGUAGCAUAGAAGUGCAGUAUAUAGUAAAACAACUUUUACCUUGAUUUUUCCAUCUUAUUAAAUUGCAAACACACUUGCAAAUUGAGAUAAAAUUGGUAAUGUCAUGGGAGGUUGUACGUAAAGGAUGUGUUUUGCAGUCUCUACUUUUAGAGUUUAUUAUUCUUCAAAGACAGAAAAGUUGUAGUUGUCAUGUCUGCCUAAUCCAGUUGAAGCAUUUCUACCCAGUGUCUGCCUGCCCUUUUUAGAGAAGGAUUAACAAGUAACUUUUUACUAUACUGAAAGUUGAAUGGUUUUCAUAACAUAAUUAAAAAAUAAGAAUAUUUCUCAAGUAUUGUUUUAAUACAUUUGCUACAAAAUAGGAAUUUGUAGUGAGGAGAAUUUAGAAAUAUAUUGUCCUUAUUAUCCAGGAACAGAUUAUAUUCAAAGUUUCUCAUGAUUGAUAAUUGGAUUUCAGUGGCAAGAAAGUUUAUCCCACACCUUAAUUUCUUUCUUUGGAAUUUAAAACCAUGAAUUUUUAUUUGUCAUAUUUAAAGAUACAUAUUACUUUUAGUAGACAAGUCUCUGCUAAAGAUUCUGCUUCAGUAAAUAGAAUCUCCUAAUCUUUGUCAGCUUUAUACAUUUUUUCAACAAGAGUGUUAAACCUGCUAGUAACUUGAACACUUACAGGAAUACAUAAGAUGUCUUGGUGUGUUUACAGUUAGUAUUAUUUGUUUAUAGAUGUUACAAAGUUAGUUGCUGUUCUGAUAGGAAUAGUGCUUUUCUAAAAUAAAACUGCUAUUUUUAGCACAGUUCUUAAAAUACAAUGUAAUAAAAUACAAAAUAAAAGGGAUAGAGUUUUUCUAUAGCAAGCAAGAACUCUAAGUUUUAUUUUGAGCACUACAUAAACCAGGCAUGGUGGUACCUGCCUGUAAUCUAGCAGGUGGGAGGUGGAAGCAGGAUGGUCAGAUUUUUAAAGCCAUCUUAAACUACAUAGCAAGUUUGAGGUCAGCCUACAGUAAUAAGACCCUGUCUCAAAAACUAGAAAUGUAACCUGCCAAGAUUUCACCUGAAUGAUUUAGUAACAGUGCUUUAGAAAGUGUUUGUUAUAUUCUACCUUCUGAUAUUUCUCCUUUUUUUUUUUCUGAUUUUCUACAAAAAGGUUCUGUUUUGACUAAAUUACAUAUGCUUAUACAUUGUAGUUAAAUAUAAAAUAUAUUCAUUUUAUCUAUCUAAAAAGCAGGAUAUUACUUCAGUGCUUCCUAGUAGCCAAUUAGGUGAUUUAUAAAGAAGUAAAAUAAUCAAUAUAUUCUUAGAAUACCUCAUUGAUACACAGAGCCAUGUCUGACAUGAGUUUGUAUGUGUAAGUUGUUUUUAGGCCUGUUAAGUUAAAAGUAUUAUACCCACAGUUACAACAUGAGUCACAGAUAAAAACUCUGCCUUAAAAUUACUCUAACAUUGUAACAUUUCAUAACUAACAUCUUUUCCUGCUACUUAACUAACCUUGAUGCUUCUUUUUCCUUUACCAUGCUUACGAACAUUCAGGCCUCCAGGGAAUGGAUUCUGACUCACAGUAGCAGUAGUGAUGAGGAAGAAGAGGCUUAGUCAGAGCUUAAUUGAGAAAGUGGUCCUUUGCAUUUCCCUCUUUGCAUUUCCCCGGAAUGUUUGUGUAACUGCUGUCAGUCCAUCCAUGUGUCCAUUGUUAGGGAAGUUAGCACUCUUUCCUUAGAAAAUGUUUAUUCUGACCAUCAUGAUAAAGCAAAAUAAUCACUUUAUUUACAUACAGGAAAAUAUAUUUAUCAGUCAAAGUGUAGAGCAUAUCAUAUAUUAUAAAUUUGCUUUUAUAUAUCCUAGCUUUGUAUCCCACAGUUUGUCAUUAAGAUCCGAAGUGAGAUUUAAAUGUAGUUUUAAUGUUCAUGAGCUCUACUCUAAAUCAUCUGCAUAUUUGUUAGCAGAACAUCUUUUUUUUUAAAAUAAAAAUAUUCUGUGAAAUUUUGGGCUGUAAUGUAAUAUUGUUUAAAGAAAAAAGAGUGGGUGGGAGAAAGAAUAAGAAUAUCAUUCAAUGUUUUAUAUGUAUUUAGCACUUAAAGGUAUUUUGUCAAAUUUCUUUUCAUAAUAAACUUGCAUAACUUGA